AUGUUUCAAGAAUUUGAUAAAUUAAUUCGACUUUAUUUAACUGUCCCAGUAACUACAGCAACUGCCGAAAGAACGUUUAGUGCAUUAAAUCGAGUGAAAAAUACACUUCGAAGUUCUAUGACUCAAUCACGUCUUAAUCAUUGUUUAUUGGCACAUAUUUAUAAAGAAAAACUUGAUAAAAUAGACCCAUAUCAAAUCCUGUCAGCAUUUAUAUCAUCUAAUGAACAGAGACGGACAUUUUUUGGAUUGAUACUUUAA